CAAGUUCUUCAUUAACCCCACAUCACUUCACUUACAGUAUUUUGUUUUAAGAUAUGACUUUUUUUUUUCCUUUAAAAAUAGUCUCCAGGGGUAUUUAUGACCUGAUGGUACAGUUUGUAUCUGUUUCACCGCUCUCAGGAACCUCCUCCUGGUCUCAGUCCUCUUCACUCAACAAACCUAAAGAGUUAGCUUGCAAAGCAGGGAAAGAAAAAAAAGUCAAGCAAACCGCCGAGAGAUUGUCUUUCUCUCUUUCCCUUCGCACGCCUGUGCGUAAACGCUGCGAGGCAGGCGAUGAUCAGAUAGCCAGAAAGGAGCCAGACGACGAGGAAGUUUGGAGGAGGGACCAGUGUGGUGGCGUGGUGUGUACGGAGAAAAAGAGUUAACAUUGGAUUCUCCGGACCCCUCCAGCGCUGUGAAAUCGGAGGAUUUCUCCAGUUGAGAUUUUUGUACCCAAAGCAGUAAUGCGCGCAAAAGUGCGCAGGACUCUAGUGCUGCCGCGUAUUUACUGGGAAACGAGUUUUUAACUGGCUGUCGUUUUAAGGAAGCUACACACACCUUUGCUGUCGAUGUCAGCACAGGUAGUGAAGAGGAUCCCGGAAGAACUCGUAGUGCAGGUUGUGUUUGCAUAGCCUGUACUUUUAUUCCAUUGCAAGCGAGCGCCGAUGGACUUGUUUACCUUGUUGUAAAAGUAGUUAUUAUCUAUAAAAAAAAAAAAAAAGUAUUGAUUGAACUAAAUGAACGGAAAGAAGAUGGAGGAGCUGAGGAAGAAGAAGCUGUACGUGGUGAUGGACGUGCUGUGCGUUUUAGUGGCGGCACUGCCCUUCAUCAUUAUGAACAUUGUGUUCAAGCCAUAUCAAAGGGGGGUUUACUGUGACGAUGAGAGCAUCAUGUACCCCCUCAAACCGGAUACCAUCACCCACGGCAUGCUGGCAGCAGUCACCAUCUCCUGCACUGUCAUCAUUAUCUCCUCCGGCGAGGCUUAUCUGGUCUACAGCAAGAGGAUUUACUCUAAUUCAGACUUCAACCAGUAUGUAGCUGCACUCUACAAGGUAGUGGGUACCUUUUUGUUCGGAGCAGCUGUCAGCCAGUCGCUGACCGAACUUGCCAAGUUCACCAUUGGCCGCCCGAGACCUAACUUCAUGGCCAUAUGUGCCCCCAAGGUGUGCACAGGAUACAUGCAGGUGAUCAACUGCACUGGCAGGCUUGAGGACGUCACAGAGUCCAGAUUGUCCUUCUACUCUGGUCACUCUUCUUUCGGGAUGUACUGCAUGCUUUUCCUAGCGCUUUACGUGCAGGCGAGACUGGUGGCUAAGUGGGCCAGACUUCUUCGGCCCACCAUCCAGUUCUUCCUGGUGGCCUUCGCGGUGUAUGUGGGUUACACCCGAGUCUCUGAUUACAAGCACCACUGGAGCGACGUGCUGGUGGGGCUGCUGCAGGGAGCGCUCAUUGCUGUACUCAAUGUGCGCUUUGUGUCAGACUUCUUUAAGAAGCGUCCUCCACGUUGCACUAGGGCAGACACAGCUGACAGCGAAGAGCCAGAGAGGAAACCCAGUCUUCAGAUUGCAGACUCCGAUCACAGCAACCAUUACAACUAUCACCACAACCCUGGCCCUGUGUGAUAGGGGCUGAAGCUGGGGAACAAAGGCUGCAGUCUGCAGACCCCUAACCUGUGUGAUAGGGUCCAAUCCAGGUGUUGAACCUUGAUUGCGCAGUCAACAGUGUUUAGUUCAGGGAAUAGCCUGGGUCACCUACAGUUAUACAGGCUGCCUGCUGCAGACUCCUGAUGCUACGUGAGGUGAUAUGCUAUGCUAUGUGAGAAGUCCCAUGCAUGUGAGAUGUUAAAUUUUAGAGUAUCUAUUUGAGUUCUGCAACUAAUUCUGUUUGAAAGGAGUAAAGCUAGGGAUCUGGUCUGUAGCUUGCAGCCUCGAUGCCCCUAGCACCCUCUGUGUCAACCACUCACACCCCACCUGCUCCCCAACCACUGGACUGACUGACGGGGCUGCAUCCCAUUGCCAGGUGCCUGAGCCCCUUCUCAAAGACACCAUGUUGACCUCCUGUGCUCCUGUAAGAGAGAGAGGAGCAUAUUGUUUUUAAGACAUCAUUGUUGAUGUUUAAGUGUAUGUGCUUAAAACUACAUUAAGCGAAAAGACUCCAAAGCCACAGCAACAGAGCUACGAUAUGCAAUUGCCUUAUUAAGUGCUUAUGGCUAAUGUGUUAGCAAACAAACAACAUAAUAACACCUAACAGAAAGAGUUCAACAUUGUUUUUCUGGCCACCUUAUGAAUGUAAGUAUGAUGUUCACUUACCUUUAAGCCACCACCUCCUGAGAAACACAUCUUUCUCUCUUUGGCUUUAUAGAGGUUCCACUUUUUUAACACCCACUUUUUCCAUUAAGAUCACCAUUCUGCAGUGAGCUGGAAGCGUGCAAUCCGUUUCUAAUGUCACAUUUGCAGGAUACAGCUGUUUUUAUAUAGCGGAACAGUGUGAGCAAUUGGAUUACAACAGUAAAGAUUGGUGAACCAAAACAAUAACUGCAGAGAUUUGAGGUGGGAAGAUCUGGGUGUUGAUUUUCACUGGGAUUUGAAGUACUAGCAACUCAUCCACUUACAAGGGGUCAUUUGAUUUAAUGUUAAUAUCAAAUAUAUCGCUUAAUGGAGCUUUAAUGUUUUUAAUUUCUUAUUGUAGAGAACCAAAUUUGUUGGCAGUGAUAAAAGAAAUGAGAGGAAGAAAGACAAGAAUGUUUGUAAAUGUUAGUAAAGGCACAGUUUGUUGAUUAGCCCCAAUAUUAGUGCACCUUAAACUGACAACACACUAGAAGACAAAUCAUAACUAAUUGUAGCUGAGCAAAUAUUCUCAAUAUAUAAUGUCCCCCUUGUUGGUAAAAAGGCAAUGAUUGGACUUAAAACAUCAACCACAGGACAUCUUGAUGCUGCUUUGAAACAUCCACAAAGCUGUUUCACACCACGAGGCAGUAAGGAGAUUUAGAGUACAUCAACUUAACCAACAGGCCGAACUAGAAGCAACAUUCAGAGACCUGAAAUUAGGUGACUAGAUGUUUGUAACUGCUUUCUUAACUGCCACACAAACAGGUUUGGGCAACAGCUCUGACAAACAAAAAGUUUAUAAAGGUCAUUCUGCAGGCUUGUCAGGCCUGGUGACCCAAUUUUAAUCAACUCAUCUCCCAGUGCAACUGCCAAGUGAUAUCAGCUUUCAGAGUUAUCUUAUCGUGUCUAGAUAAUUAUAAAUCAUUGGGCCAAGUAGUCUGAAUAUGUAUUUGGGAAGAGGGCAAUUGCCAAGUCUUAACCUUUUUCGACAGGCUUUAUGUCCAGACUGGGUCAGACUCUCCAUCAACAGCUGUGAUCUGACCAAUAAGUGGGCCCAUUUAAGAGGAGUCAUAUUUAUAUUUUGAACAGAGAAACAAUACUGCUUCUCGAAAUGUAUAAACUUAAUCAUGGAGUCAAUGAUUGAUUCAUGUUUCCCCUGUGUAAAAUGGACUGCAGAGGUAGAAACCAUUGAUAUUGAUAGAUUUCAUUUCUGUUGGACUUUAAAAGUGACAUACCACUAUUAUACUGCCAGUCAAAUAUUGAUUAAUUUGGCCUUUUUCUUUUUUUAUUUCUUUUUUUGUCUUUUUUUUAAUUUGUCAAAUAUAAAUAAUCAAAGAAGGAUGAGACAGCCAUUUUGAAAAUGGUGUUUUAAUUUAUUUUAAAUAUAAGAAGUUCUUAAUUUACUCUUAAAAGGGUGUAAAUGCCAGCGCUGUUGAGGUUUUUGUGCAAUCACCCCUGCUUGCCACUAUGAGCCACAAAUACUGUAUCUACUAAUGCCAUGAGACACGUUUCAUGUUGCGUGAAGGAUGUAUAUAUAUGCUUGUAUGUUUUUAUUUCUUAUGUAGGUAAGUUUAGAUUUCACCUGUACAGUGUGCCUUGGCCAGUGCCUUCUCAGACUGGUGCCUGAUCCAAUUCCAGGUCUAAACAUAAGCCAGAUGCCUUGGCAUAGCUUUUAAAAGGUCUGUUGUAAUGAUAAAGGCUUACAUACCCAACUGUGUUUUUGAAGCUAGUAACAUUGCGCCGUUUCCACUUCAAAGAUAUUUCUAUGUUCCUUUUCCCCUUCCUGUGUUGAUAGAUGAGGUUAAUUUGUGAAUGAGGUCUCCUGUACAGUUCUUGUACAGCAUGCAGACCCCUGGAGGACUGACAACAGAUCAGACAGACCACAAACUUGAUAGGGGGGAGACAGGAAGAUGGAGAGAAUCUCACCUGGUAGUGAUUGUGAGGCCCUAAAGCUGAGCUGGGACUAGGGAAAGACUGGGUACUUUAAAGGGCGGGGUGAGGGCUAUCCCAUGGUGAACCUUGGUCCCUGAGGACGUCUACACAUUUAAAACAGAUUUACAACAAGAAACAGCUGGAGCUGGUUGUGGUGAAGUGCUGUGCAAGACCCUCCCCUGCUCCCUACAUCUAAUUCGUCUGUGUAUUACUGCAGCCACACUAAUAGGGCAAAUGAGGAUGAGGAUGUAGAAACGUCAUGGUGUUUGAUUCCCCUCCAGCUUUGUGGAAAUUAAGGUUCUCAGCUGGUAAUGUGUCUCCAUGUGUUAUUACGCUUUAUUGAAUUAGUGCCUGGGCACUGGUUGGCCAAAUCUCCUGUUUAUAUGUCAACAUGUAGGUAUGAUUCAUAUUGUGUUUUCUGUUGUAUAAAGAUUAUAGGUUCUAAACCAGAGAAUUUUAAAUAAAGAUAUAAUCCACA